UCAACAUAUCAGGAUAGUGAACCCGAUUGAGAAAACUGUGCCUGUGCAAAAUACUUUUAUGCAGGCACAUGUUGGCCAGGUCAGACGGCAGUCCAACUCCGUAUUGUCAAAAAAUAAACAGUGGUGACAUGAAGCGCAAGCCUCGAUGCGGACGCACCAAGGGCACGUUCUCAGUAAUUACGGACGUCAACAUCGCCGACCGAUGUAAUAGUUUUCAUUCUGUGCGCAUUAUCUCUGCAAUAAUCAGCCGCGUGUUCUAUCGGAUUGGAGGAUCCGAACACGUGGAGCCAAGAUCACUGCAAUAACAAUCCGCCCUUGGUCGCAUCUCAUGCCGUUUUCAUCAUCAAAGCAAUUUCAUUUCAUUUGUAACCAAAGUUAUAAACACAAAGCUUUUUUGAGGAACCAUGCAAACGAACCUUUUACUGUUCAGAAAAUCGGGACGCCAUGCACAACUGCGCACGCUAUCUGAUAUUUUUCCAAUACAUUGGAACAAAAUAUAGUGGUGUAGUGAGGUCUCCCCCACAUCAGCAGCAAAAGAAAGGGGUUCAGAACCAUAUAGAGGAUGCGGUGAGGCGGUUGAAACCAGUCAACCCAGUGUCUCUGUCCGUCUCCAGCAGAACUGAUAGUGGUGUCCACGCCCUCUCUAACUCCGCCCAUCUGGACCUCCAGCGCAGCAAUGAUAAACCGCCGUUUACUGAUGACGUGCUCCUCGAAGCCCUCAACUUCCACCUGCUGUCGGAGGAGAUCAGGGUCACCCGUGCUCAGCGCGUGCCCGCUGACUUCCACGCCCGUUACCGCGCCCAGUCCCGGACCUACGUCUACCGGAUAGCCCUGGGCACCCCCCACCACUCACAGCUCCCCCUGACCGACCACAGCUUGUGCUGGGGUCUCCACAAUACGGAGUUGAACGUGAAGGCCAUGAACGAGGCAGCCUCCCUGCUGGUGGGAACGCACGACUUCAGCAGCUUCAGGGCUGUGAACUCCGAUAUGCCCUUUAAAAGCCCUGUCAAGACCCUGGACCUAGCCCACAUAGCGCCCGGGAACGCAUUUGUGCAGGCCCAUUUCCACAGAGAUAUCCAGUUCUGGGAGCUGACCUUUAAAAGCAAAUCCUUCCUCUAUAAGCAGGUCCGGAGGUUGACGGGAGCCCUGGUGGCGGUGGGCCAGGGACGGCUCUCUGUAGCCCAGCUGAGAGAGCUGCUGGAGGCCCGGGACACUCGGGCCUACCCCCAGGGCACUGUGGCUCCAGCGCGUGGCCUCUUCCUCACCAGGGUGGACUACAACCAAGCAGACCUGCAGUUUCCAGAAGAGGGAGAGGAAAGGGGUCUUUCUCCUAGUGUAAACCCAGAAGACUAAAAGUAAUAAUUCCACUGGCGUAGUUCCAUUGUAUACAUUUACAUUGAGUGUAAUUGCUUUGUUUUACUGUCAUUUGAGAUAAUUGUUAUCUCAAAUGACAGUAAAGUUGUUAUGUUUACUAUAUCUUUACAUGUAUCAGAAGUAGGUCUGUGUAUCCCUGGCAUUGGCAUUAAGAACACACAGUACAAUGUGAAGUUUCUUGAUACAUCAGAUCAAUAUUAUACUAUGGUUGAGCAAAAUAAUUGUAGGACAGUCUUGGUACAGAACAUUUGUAUUUUAAUUGUAACAUUGUUCAGUACUACAUGGCUGUGGAUGCUUGUGAUAGCAUCCUGAUCCAAGUAGUUGCAGUUGUUGCUACAGAACGCCGAACACCCGUCUGAAGUGGACAUGAGUGAUGUAUGAGUAGGUUGCUCAGGAGUCAGGACAUAUACUUUGUUUUUUUUUUAAACAUGUCAUAGUACCACUUAUCACAAUUGUAUAAGAUUACAGAUCUAUAUCUGCAUUGAAGACACUUCCAUUGAAGUAAAGUGUACACCCAAGUAUCAAAAAUGAAACACACUUGUUUGAGAAUAAAGGCUUUAGACGAGUUUAUUUUCUAUAACCACUUGCCUACAAUUGAAAUUCAUCUCAAGGAAUAUAUUUACACAUUUUAAACAAGUUGUCAAGCAAACCGGUCACAGAUCAGACUAUUAUCGGUGUGCUUCUUGGUGCCGCUGUUAAAGAUGAGGUUUUGUAGGGUAUUUAAGUUAAAUUGACCAUUAUCAAAGCACAUCGUAGGACGCCUUUUGUAUCACUAAUAAAUUGUGUUCCUCUCACUUUGACUAGGAAGUGCAGUUUCUUUUUAAAUUCUACGUCGAAAGGAAUGUUCUCACUUCUUGGAAGCGUCAAACUGCGCCGCACCUUUGACCUUAACUUUUUCUUUUAAAAUUUGUACAUAAGUACACAUUUCUUCUCCUUGCAAACAUGUUUGGAGCGACAGUUUGAUCAGCCUGUAGGGCCUAUGGUACUCUAGCCAAAUUCACAUUUGGUAUCGACACACAAUUCACACACAUCCUAAACUGCCUGCAUUUCAAUAUAUAUAAGAAUUCAAGCCCAAUGUCUUCCUAUGGCAAAUACAAAAUUGUACAUUUAAAAUGCACUUGAAGGCAUUAGGUCCAUUUUGUCCACCGUACAAUCCUUAAGAAUGAGUGGAUGCGUGGAGCACAGUGAGUGUGAGAGAUACAGUUGAUCACCAGUUCCACUAUUAACCCUGAUUAAAAGGAGAUUGAUAAAUCCCAUAGACCCCCUUAGCCCAACCGAAAGUGGUUAAGAUAUUCACAACAUGACAGGGAGACGAAUGCAGCGCUGGUAACCGAGGUACCAACAGUGCCUGACAUUUUGAUGCCAAACGUAAGCUAAAACUGAGGUCUUUGUUUUCAAUGUAAUGCUCUGAAUAUGGAGUGACAUGAUUAAAAUUUGCAUAGACCCUAAACCAGACCACCGCUUGCUUAAGUUUACCUAGUCGAUGGCAGGUAAUCAAAUUCUCCCUCGCUACAGCAUACCCAUAUUCACCCUUCGUACUUUACAUCUUACCAAUUCAAAGUCUUAACAUGAUAUGGAUUACAUUCAGAAGUAAUAUGUUCCUGAUUUCAACGG